AUGCAUAGGCUGUAUUUGGAGAAGUAUGAAAAUGAAGUUUUCCAGGCACUCCAGAGGGGGGAAGACGCUAAACCAAAAGUUACGUACGACUUCUACAAUCGCAGUUUUGUAUUGAACCAGAACAUUAGUUUUGGAUCGCCAAGGUCAGACACAUGUCACACCUGCGACAGACUACAAAAUCUUAUGCUUGCCGAGCUAGAUCCUGAGAGUAAAAAAGCCCUUCAGACUGAAAAAGAACUCCAUAUUCGUAAAUCCGAAAUGUUUUACAGAAAAUUAAAAGAAGUCACGGCUCUCAGUAAAGAAGAUUAG